UAAAUUAAAUUAUUAAUGUCAAGAACAAAUGAUGAAGAUUAUGAUUACUUAUUUAAAAUAGUUUUGAUAGGUGAUUCAGAUGAUUAAUAUUUAUAGGCGAUUCUGGAGUUGGGAAAACAAAUAUUUUAAAAAGAUUCAUCAAUAAUGAAUUCUAACUUGAAUCGAAACCAACAAUUGGAGUUGAAUUUGCAACAAAGACAAUUCAAUAAUCAGGAAAAGCGGUUAAAUGUUAAAUUUGGGAUACUGCAGGAUAAGAAAGGUAAGAGAUAAUUUAAAAUGAUUUUAUUUUAGAUAUAGAGCAAUUACGCAUGCAUAUUAUAGAGGAGCUGUAGGAGCAUUUAUCUGUUAUGAUGUAACGAGAGAGGCAACAUUUAAAAACACAGAAAAAUGGUUAGCAGAGCUAAAGGAUCAUGCAGAUGGAAAUAUAGUGAUUAUAAUGAUUGGAAAUAAAAUAGAUGCAAUAGAUUAAAGAGUACAACUAAUUUGUUAUUUAGACUGUGAGAACAGAUGAGGCUUAAAAUUAUUGCGAAUAAUAAAAAAUAGGAUUUAUUGAAACUUCAGCAUUAGAUGGGACUAACAUAGAUUUAGCAUUCAACAAGAUUGUAGAAAGUAUUGCAAACUUUUUUUAUAAAUUUAGACAUUUUUAACACAAUUGGUUCAAAAACCGUUAAGAAAGUAGUUUAAGUAGAAUCCGAACAUGUAGUAUUAUCAGAACCUAAGGUAACUCAGACUAAACCUAAAAAGAAUAGCGAAGGAUGUUGUUGAAAUAUUUCAAUGUGUGUUCUUGAUUAUUUAUUUUAAUA